CCCUAACUCAAUUGACACUUGACGUGACAGUGACGUUUUAGGCCAUACACUGGUGGUCGAUUGAAUAUAUUUUUUAGCAAAUUUAUAAAUAAUUCUUCGAAAAUGGCUUCUCAUAAGAUAUCUAUGGCUGUUCGCACCUUCAGUACAAGUUCAUCUACUAAUCAGUUAGUUAAGGCCCCGUUGCAAAUUUUCGGCAUUGAAGGUCGUUAUGCAACGGCACUUUAUUCAGCAGCUAGCAAACAGAAAACAUUAGAAGGUGUCGAAAAAGAUCUUUUAAAACUUCAAGAUGCUUUAAAAAAAGAUGUAAAACUACGUGGAUUUGUUGAAAAUCCAACAAUUAAACGAGGCGUUAAAGUCGAAGCUCUCAAAUCCGUAGCUCAAAAGAUGUCUCUUAAACCAGAAUCGGCCAAUCUGUUAUCGUUGCUGGCUGAAAAUGGUCGCUUAAAAAAGCUUGAAACAGUUAUAAACGCAUUUACACAAAUUAUGGCUGCACAUAGAGGAGAGGUUUCUUGUGAGGUAGUCACUGCUAGAGACUUGGACGCUGACCAAAAGCAAAAAUUACUUGGAGUUUUGAAAUCAUUUGUUAAAUCUAAUCAAACUAUUCAAUUGUCCACCAAAGUUGAUCCUUCAAUUAUUGGUGGAAUGAUUGUAAGCAUCGGCGAUAAAUACGUAGACAUGUCUGUCGCUAGCAAAAUCAAGAAAUAUACAGAACUUAUUAGCGCCACUGUCUAAUUAUAUUAAAGUUUCUUUUAUUGAAUAUAGUUAUUGAAAUAGUACGAAA